AUGACUCCACCGCCACCCCAGCCGCCGCCCCCAGGCCCGAACCCCACUGCAGACUCCGCUGCCGACCCCCGACCGGGGCCUGGACCCCUGGUCGUACUGUUCGGGGCCACGGCCGGUGCGUUGGGGCCGGACCUGGGUUCCGACGAGACCGACUUAAUCCUCCUAGUCUGGCAAGUGGUGGAGCCGCGGAGCCGCCAGGUGGGGACAUUGCAUAAGUCACUGGUUCGCGCCGAGGCGGCCGCGCUGAGCCCGCAGUGCCGCGAGGCAAGCGGCCUGAGCUCCGACAGCCUGGCGCGGGCCGAGCCGCUGGACAAAGUGCUGCAGCAGUUCUCACAGCUGGUGAGCGGGGAUGUGGCUCUGCUGGGCGGGGGCCCCUACAUGCUCUGCACUGAUGGGCAGCAACUGCUGCGACAGGUCCUGCACCCUGAGGCCUCCAGGAAGAACCUGGUGCUCCCCGACACCUUCUUCUCCUUCUACGACCUCCGCAGAGAGUUCCACGUGCAGCACCCGAGUGCCCGCUCUGCCAGGGACCUCACCGUGGCCACCAUGGCACAGGACUUGGGGCUGGAGACAGAUGCCACAGAGGAUGAUUUUGGGGUGUGGGAAGUGAAGACAAUGGUAGCCAUCAUCCUCCACCUGCUUGAAAGUCCCAGCGGUCAGCUGUUUUUGAAGCCUGAAGUGGUGAAGCAGAAAUAUGAGACAGGGCCUUGCAGCAAGGCCGACGUGGUGGACAGCGAGACUGUGGUUCGGGCUCGUGGGCUGCCAUGGCAGUCAUCAGACCAGGACGUGGCUCGAUUCUUCAAAGGGCUCAACAUUGCCAGGGGUGGUGUAGCACUGUGCCUCAACGCCCAGGGCCGCAGAAAUGGUGAGGCCCUCAUCCGUUUUGUGGACAGCGAACAGCGGGACCUAGCGCUGCAGAGACACAAGCACCACAUGGGCGUCCGCUAUAUCGAGGUGUAUAAAGCAACAGGAGAGGAGUUUGUGAAGAUCGCAGGGGGCACAUCACUAGAGGUGGCACGUUUCCUGUCACGGGAAGACCAAGUGAUCCUGCGGCUGCGGGGACUGCCCUUCUCGGCUGGGCCAGCAGAUGUGCUAGGCUUCCUGGGGCCAGAGUGCCCCGUAACAGGGGGCGCUGAUGGGCUGCUCUUUGUGCGCCAUCCUGAUGGCCGGCCCACGGGUGAUGCCUUUGCCCUCUUCGCCUGUGAGGAGCUGGCACAGGCUGCGUUACGCAGGCAUAAAGGCAUGCUGGGUAAGCGAUACAUUGAACUCUUCCGGAGCACUGCAGCUGAGGUGCAGCAGGUCCUGAACCGCUAUGCCUCCAGCCCACUCCUUCCCACCCUGACUGCUCCACUGCUGCCCAUCCCCUUCCCACUGGCAGCUGGGAGUGGGAGAGACUGUGUACGCCUGCGAGGCCUGCCCUACACAGCCACCAUUGAAGACAUCCUUAGCUUUCUGGGGGAGGCAGCGGCUGACAUUCGGCCUCAUGGUGUGCACAUGGUACUCAACCAGCAGGGCCGGCCGUCAGGUGAUGCCUUCAUCCAGAUGACAUCAGCAGAGCGGGCCCUAGCUGCUGCUCAGCGCUGCCAUAAGAAAGCAAUGAAGGAACGCUAUGUGGAGGUGGUCCCCUGCUCCACAGAGGAGAUGAGCCGUGUCCUGAUGGGGGGCACCUUGGGCCGCAGUGGCAUGUCCCCUCCACCCUGCAAGCUGCCCUGCCUCUCACCACCCGCCUACGCCACCUUCCAGGCCACCCCGACCCUCAUUCCCACUGAGACAGCAGCUCUGUAUCCCUCUUCAGCACUGCUCCCAGCUGCCAGGGUGCCUGCUGCUCCUACCCCAGUCACCUACUACCCAGGGCCAGCCACUCAACUCUACAUGAACUACACAGCGUACUACCCCAGCCCCCCCGUUUCCCCCACCACUGUGGGCUACCUCACCACACCCCCUGCAGCCCUGGCCUCUGCUCCCACCUCUGUGUUGUCCCAGCCAGGAGCCCUGGUCCGUAUGCAGGGUGUCCCAUACACAGCUGGUAUGAAGGAUCUGCUCAGUGUCUUCCAGGCCUACCAGCUAGCCCCUGAUGACUACACCAGCCUGAUGCCUGUUGGUGACCCAGCUCGCACUGUGCUACAGGCCCCCAAAGAAUGGGUGUGUUUGUAG